AUGUUCUCUGUUCAAUUUAUAAAAUAUUAUUUUCAGUGCUUCGAGUCUGUAGUUGUGAAGGGCAACAUUGACAACAUGCCGUGCAUGCAGGCCUUCAUCUCCAAGGGAUUGGGAUUAGCUAUUGUUGCCGGUAGUUCUCUUGUUAAAUUCCCACAGGUGUUGAAGAUAAUGUUUGGAGGGUCAGCUGUUGGGAUCAGUUUCUUGUCAGUCUUCCUCGAACUUCUGGCAAUAACCUGCUCCGGUGUUUACAGUUUUGCCAGUGGGUUUCCCUUCAGUGCUUAUGGAGAGUCAGUAUUUCUAGCAUUUCAGACUGCUCUGAUAGGAAUACUAGUUCUAUGGUACUCCUCUGGCAAGCUGAUCAGCCUGCUGUUCAUUAUCCUGUACUCUGUUGCCGUAUACCUAGCCCUGGACCCGGCUCUUGUACCCAUCUCUAUCCUUUGGUAUGGACAAGCGGCAAAUAUUCCGAUGAUCCUCCUUGGCAAAUUUAUCCAGAUCAGGGCAAACUUCAGCAACGGUCACACCGGUCAGCUUAGUGCUAUCACAUGCUUCCUCCUAGCCCUCGGAGCCAUUGCCCGCAUCUUUACCAGUAUCCAGGAGACUGGUGAUCAGCUGGUUAUCCUGACCUAUAUCUGCAGCUCCGCUGUCAACAGCAUCAUCGCUCUCCAGGUUCUGUGGUACUGGAACGCUGAUGCCACUCAGAAGAAGAAGGAAGCUUAGUUUGUCUACUGUAAGUAGGCCUGGUGUAGAGUUAUCAAGGAAAAUCCGGGAAAAUCAGCUUCCAAUGUACACUGUUAAGUGUACUGCACUUAAUACUGAUUUGCCGCAUUUUCUGAUUCACUUUCUCCACACGCUCGGUAUAACAAAUUAUCUUGAACGAACCAAAAACCAAUUGUACAUCGUUUCGGCCACAAUUUUUGCAUUUGAAGGCAUUGUAAACGUUAUUUUAAGUGACCCUUCAUGCAAAGAAGGCAAUGUCCGAUUUACAACAGUGUCCUAAAGUUAAAACCUUCUUUUGUGUACAUUCUUAACUCAGUGCAGUGUACAACGGAGUUUGCAUCUAAUCAUACAAGCAGGUUUCGAAACGUUUAUACACAUAUCUCUGUACUCGACGAACACACAAAGGUUUUAAGAGUACCAAGGGUACCGUUGUAAAUCGGGCAUUGCCCUCUUUGUAUGGAGGGUCACUUAAAAUUACGCCUACAAUCCCUUUAAGCGUAUUUUUUACGUUUAAAUAAUUGUGAACCAAUGUUAUUGUUGCUCAGAUAUUUUUCUACCCUGUUACACAUUGAAGUUUCAGAUAAAAUGGUUUUGGAGAAAUAUUUUCUUACUUUGUACGGCAGAUGGGACAAGUGGAAUGAAAAUAAGAUGACAGAUGACGUGAAAAAUGAAGGUUGAGAGAUUAAACUCCUGGUUCGGAAAAUGAAGAGUUCGGCUCAGAUAUGCAAUGAAAGAAGCCAGCUUGAAACAAAGAGCCUCUCCAUUCUGUGUAGUGCAUGCACAUUGCACAUGGCACAUGCUGAAAAAUUUGCGGAUAUCUUGUUUCAUACUUGGAGCAUUUAAUUUAUUUUUAUCAAGAUAAUUUCACUUCUCUUUUCAGA